UAACCAGUAACAAUGCUGUUGCUUUUACUGCCUUUCUCUCUUCUUUUUGCUGGUGGUAGCUCAGACACUGUUACAUUGAAGUUUAAUCUCGGGACAAGUGCAGACUGUGUUGUUGGAGAUCCAGUUGUAACUCUGUGGGUAGAAACACUUAGAGGAGGCAUCAACUAUUUAAUGACCUACAAUGGCUCCCAACCAGGUAUAAAUACACAAUACAAAAUUAGUGUUAAUUAUUCAAGACCCACAACCUUGUACUUUCACUGGAUUGAUUGUAAUCAAAGCAGUAUCUUUUGUUUUCCAUUAAUUAGUUCUGUAACAAUUGAAAAUGAUGUUAAUAGUCCUUUGACAGUUUCUAUAUGUACUAAAGUUUUCAGAAGGUUAUCAAGUACUCGGAUUGAGUUUGAUAGUAGUAAUGGCAUUCUAGUAUCAGCCGGUUCUGGAUCAUGUAACUCAACUGGACCAUAUUGCUCAAAUUCUUCAAAAUGCUGUUUACCCUCUCCAGCAGUUUUCUCUUCACACUCAUCAGUUACCUCAUCCUUAAUCUACCCAACUACUUCCUUUCAUACUUCAUCAUCCUCAUUAUCAUCUUCCUCAACUUUGGCAUCACCCAAAUCAACUUCAAUGACAUUAUCUUCCAUUCCACUAAAACCAAGCUCUGUUCCCUCAAUAAUCAAUCCAAGUAUAUCAUUGCUACUUCCUACAUCAACUUCAGUCCCCACUCGUGUAUGCCAUCCCCAGACUAAUACUAAUGAUCAUGGUCAGUUUAAAUGGCCACUAACACUAGCUGGAAUGACUGUUACCAUAUUGUGUCCUAGUGGCCCUAUUGGAGCUACAGCAAGUAGAAUAUGUUCUACUUCUUCUGAUUGGGAAUCACAAGAUGUGAUGAGGUGUGCUACUACUGAUGUUACAAAUGGAUUCAUUGAAUUAUCUAAAGUAAACAUUACAGUUGAUAAUUUUGGUUCAGCAGCUUUCAAUAUGAGCAGUUUAGUGGAAAAUGCAACACGUACUCUUGCUGACCAAAACAUUCAAAACAUUGACGUAAUAUCAACAGUAUUGGAAGCAAUAGUAUCUGUUCUUUUGAAAAAUGAAAGUUUGCCAUUAAUAAUUGAAACAACAGGAAAUAUUGUACAAACACUCAAUUUAUUAGUAGAAUGGCCCAUGGAUGUAACUAAUGUUUUAUCCAAUAAUAUAAUCCAGUCAUUUGAAGGAUUCAUACAAGUUGUAUUUGAACAGGAAAAUUUUGCUGUAAUUAAAAUUGCUGAAGAAAACAUUUUGUUUAGAGCAGAAAGAUUUGCAAGAGCUAAUUUUAGUGGAUUAACAAUAUCAGCCUGUGCUUUUAAUAAGGAAUUAAAUUUUAGUACUUCUGACAGUUUGAGUUCUUUGACAUUUAUCACAAAGGUGAUUUUACCAAAGAACAUUAAAAAUGUUACAAGCAGUGAGAACAUUGAUGUAGCAUCAACUUUAUACAAGAAAGCAAACUUCUUUCCAGUUCGUAAAGAAGUGAACUCUUCAUCAUCAGUAAUGACAGUGGUAGGUUCAGCUGUUAUCAGUAUAAUAGUUGGUGGAAUACCUGAUGGUACUGAAUUGAUUGAUCCAGUUACAAUCAUUUUAGCAUUAAAUGAAGAAAAUGUUACAAAUCCUCGUUGUGCUUUCUGGAACUUUACUGGAGCAGAUGGUAUUGGUAAUUGGUCUAUUGAUGGUUGUACUACAGUAGUUGAUUCUAAUGAUCUCAAUAAUGAAUAUAGGAAACCCUGGAAGGCUCAUUUUGUUCAGUGUUUCCCUAGGACUACUAUUCACAGUGACUACAAGUCCGGACCCAGUAACAAAAGCACAAAGGGUGAAGAUAUUUACAUCAUUUCAAAUCAUGCAACUCAAGAUCUCAAUGAUAUAAAGAAAGAAGAGAUAAAAGAUGCUUCACUAUAA